ACAGACAGACGGACUCCCGGCUCCCCGGCGACAGCGGGAGAGCCGCCCCCUCUCCCGACUUCACAGAAAGACUCUUUCCCAGUCUAGGAGAAGGGAGGAGUAAGUACACGGGGGUUUUUUUUAUCCCUGGGCAGGAGCGAGUCAUCGCCCCAGCUGCGCAGGCGGUGUCCCUCUGUAUAAAGAGACCUUGCGGAGCCCAGUGCAGCCGCACUCCGAACCCAGCACCGCCAGCGAACCCGUCUCGCCCCUCAGGGCUCGGUUCGCCUUCCACAGCCAGCAGAAGCAGAAGCAGAAGCUCUGGGCGCUCCGUGCAGCCGGCCGGCCGGUGGGAAGCCAUGUCGAAGCUGGAGGUGGCGGUGAGGAGCCUGGUGGAGCUGUUCGAGCACUACGCCAGCCAGGACGAGCACAAGUGCCAGCUGAGCAGCGCCGAGCUCAAGCAGCUGCUGCAGGCCGAGCUCACAUCCCCGGAGUUCAAGACCAAGUUCGACCCCGCGGACAUCGAGGAGGUGAUGGCCAAACUGGACAAGAACCACGACGGAGAGGUCAACUUCCACGAGUUCUGCAAGUUCGUGGGCAUGCUGGCCCAAGGCUACUACAGGUGCCAGAAGGGCAAGGCCAAGAAGUGACCACACCGACCGCCCCGGACCCUCACUGACCCCGCUCUGCAGCGCUGCACCCCACACCUCGCCGCCCCGCGCCCCAGCUCUGUCUCCAUGCCCCACCCUGGUUAUUACUCAAGGACCUCCUGACCUCAGUGUCCGCUAGCUUUCAGUCCAGUUGCUAGACCGGUAUGUUGAGCUAAUAAGCCUAUGAAUGAAUUAGACCCUUGUAAUGGCUGGUCCGGAGAGCUCUGGUCUCGUGUGGGCUUGAUCGCAGUGGGAUCUAGUGUGUGAUUGUGCACAGGGCUCUCACUGUGAGCAAAGACAUUAAAGAGUCAUUUGUACCCAA